CAUGGGAAAAGAGAGUACACAGGUCAUGUUAGAAUAUAGAAGCAUUGGACUCCGAGCGCGGGCUGGGUGUGGUGUUACUAUAAAAGACAUGAACUGAUCCUCCAAAGAUCAGUGUUCGGUACUCAAUUGGAAGUUUUGUGUUAAGCAACAAAAUCCGUUACGGUAACAUAGAAGUCCAAGUUGAAAAUUCUUAACAGUGCAAACAUGUAUUCGAAAAUGAUCGCAGUUUUGGCUUUGGCCGCUGUUUGCAUCGCGGCUCCGCAACACCAAGAAGCGGCCCGAUAUCCAGCUGGUGUGAAUCCGGCGGCUUGUCCAUCGUAUCCAAAUUGCGAUAAUGCCGCCCUGCACAACCCAAAUCCACACAACAAUCACGCUGCCAAUCACUGGAACCCGAACUGGAACGUCCAGCCAAGCUGGAACGCAGCUCCCCAACCUGCCUGGAAUGCUCAACCAGCAUGGAAUGCCCAGCCAGCCUGGAACGCACCUCAGCCAGCAUGGAAUGCCCAGCCAAGCUGGAACUCUUAUCCAGCCGUUACCGGACCAACUCACAAUCAUUUGGCUGCUCCCUCUGCUGGUGGUGACAAAUAUCCAGCUGGUGUGAGCCCACACAGUUGUCCAAACUAUCCUUUCUGUGAUAACUCUGCUCCAGCCGGUGCCCCACACGUUGCUCCGCUGCCAGGAUACACCGAGCGUCAGUACCCAGCCGGAGUUUCCCCCCACAGUUGUCCCAACUUCCCAUACUGCAACUAAAUCUAACUGUGAUCAGUGCCUUAGUUACUCACUUAGCCAGAUACUCAUUUCGACUUCCUCUAUAACGCGUUCCCUUCAAGCAUCUAAAGCGUACUUCAUCAAAGCUAUAUUUUCGAGGUCGAGAACCGCCGAGUCCUUUUCAAACUAAGCUAUCACUGCCAUGAUUGUUUUGUGUAAAUAAUGUUCCAUUUAGGAUCGUUGAUGUUGAUGUGCAUGUGAAUGUAUUGUGUAGUUUCUUAAGCACCUGCUUCGUGCAGAUAUGAAAAGAAUGUAAUGAAAAUAUAUUAUAUGCAACAUGAGAUUAUAUCUUGAA